CGUCGCGUUCCCAGGAGCCGCUGGCCGGAGGGAGAAAUGUUGCUGAAGUGCUGCUGAAGGGGCCAGAGAUGCAAGGAUUUGGGACACAUUUGCACCUUUAAGCUGUCUGACAUUGACCUCCUUUCAUUAUUAAUAAAGAAGAAGCAGGAGCUUAGGAUGUAUUAACCGACUCAUUACUGUACUAACUGGACAGUGUUCUUCUGCAAACUCCUCUGCACUGUAAAGACCUGGACUGGCAAGGAGACAGUAAUUUCGCAUUUUCUCAGCUUAUAAUAUGACUCGAUGGAGGGAAAUUUGAUAAGCAUGAGGGAAGACCAUUCUUUUCAUGUUCGCUACAGGGUUAUAUUCUCCUCUUGCAAACCUAUUUGAAUGAUGGCUCUAAGGGCAUGUCACUCUCAGGAAGACCAUACAUCUCCUGUGACAGUUUCUCACUACUACAGCCAGCCGGCCAACCUGUGGACCCUUGCCUCUCCAAUGCUGGGAUGACAAGCAUGUGCCACACAUGGCAUUUUUACAUGGGUCUGAGGAAUAAAAUCAGAAUGGAAGCUUCUUGCCUUGAGCUGGCCUUGGAAGGAGAACGCCUGUGUAAAUCAGGGGACUGCCGUGCUGGCGUGUCAUUUUUUGAAGCUGCAGUUCAAGUUGGAACUGAAGACCUCAAAACACUCAGUGCUAUUUACAGCCAGCUGGGCAAUGCUUACUUCUACUUACAUGACUAUGCCAAAGCGUUAGAAUAUCACCACCACGAUUUAACUCUUGCAAGGACUAUUGGAGAUCAACUGGGAGAGGCUAAAGCCAGUGGCAAUCUUGGAAACACCUUAAAAGUGCUUGGGAAUUUUGAUGAAGCCAUAGUGUGUUGCCAGCGACACCUGGAUAUCUCCAGAGAACUUAAUGACAAGGUGGGAGAAGCAAGAGCACUCUACAAUCUUGGAAAUGUGUAUCACGCCAAAGGGAAGAGUUUUGGUUGCCCUGGUCCCCAGGAUGUAGGAGAGUUUCCAGAAGAAGUAAGAAAUGCCUUGCAAGCAGCUGUGGAUCUCUAUGAGGAAAACCUGUCGUUAGUAACUGCUCUAGGUGACCGAGCAGCCCAAGGACGAGCCUUUGGGAAUCUUGGCAACACACACUACCUCCUUGGCAACUUCAGAGAUGCAGUCAUAGCUCACGAACAGCGUCUCCUUAUUGCCAAAGAGUUUGGAGAUAAAGCGGCUGAAAGGAGAGCAUACAGCAACCUUGGAAAUGCAUACAUAUUCCUGGGGGAAUUCGAAACUGCCUCCGAAUACUACCGGAAGACACUGCUGCUGGCUCGGCAGCUUAAAGACAGAGCCGUGGAAGCCCAGUCUUGCUACAGUCUUGGGAACACAUACACUUUGCUUCAGGACUACGAGAAGGCCAUCGAUUAUCAUCUGAAGCACUUAGCAAUUGCUCAAGAGCUCAAGGAUAGGAUUGGCGAAGGAAGAGCAUGUUGGAGUUUAGGAAAUGCAUACACAGCUCUGGGAAAUCAUGACCAAGCAAUGCAUUUUGCUGAAAAGCACUUGGAAAUUUCAAGAGAGGUUGGGGACAAAAGUGGGGAACUGACAGCGAGGUUGAAUCUCUCAGACCUGCAGAUGGUCCUUGGCCUGAGCUACAGCACAAAUAAUUCCAUGAUGUCUGAAAAUAUUGAACUUGAUGGCAGCUUACAUGGUGCACGCUCCAAGCUGGGACGAAGACACAGCAUGGAAAAUAUGGAACUUAUGAAGUUAACACCAGAAAAGGUACCAAAUUGGAACAGUGAAAUCCUUGCUAAACAAAAACCUCUCAUUGCCAAGCCCUCUGCAAAGCUGCUGUUUGUCAACAGACUGAAGGGGAAAAAGUACAAAAGCAGCAGUACCACUAAAGUUCUUCACGAUGCCAGCAACUCCAUCGACCACCAUGCUCCAAAUCCUCAAAAGAAAACCAGUGCAGAAACUAUUGGAGAUGAAGGAUUCUUUGACUUACUAAGGCGAUUUCAAAGCAACAGGAUGGAUGACCAAAGGUGCUACUUACAAGAAAACUGUCGCACAUCGUCCACAGCAGCUUCUUCUACUACCCCCAAGAUGAUGAAAGCACCGUCUGUUCCUGUGGUAUCCCCCAACACAGAUGAGUUUUUAGAUCUUCUUGCCAGCUCACAGAGCCGCCGUCUGGAUGACCAAAGGGCCAGUUUCAGUAAUUUGCCAGGGCUCCGUCUGACAAAAAACAACAAUCAGUCUGUACUUGAGCACCUGAUGACAAAUGACAAGAAAGAGCCUGAUGAAGACUUCUUUGACAUCCUUGUAAAGUGUCAAGGGUCCAGAUUAGAUGAUCAAAGAUGUGCUCCACCACCUGCCACCACAAAGGGGCCAACCGUCCCUGAUGAAGACUUUUUUAGCCUUAUUUUACGCUCUCAAGCUAAAAGAAUGGAUGAACAAAGAGUUCUUUUGCAGAGAGAUCCAAACAGAGACACUGAGCUUGGACUAAAGGAACUUUUGCAAAACAAUGCUUUGUUGGAAUUUAAGCAUUCAGGAAAGUAACUAGCAAACCACUAGAAGCUGUGGUAUUUCCUGCUAAAGACUAGUUCCCUUUGGAACACUGCAGAAAAAUUCAACCUUUUCUAAAGGAGGAAACUAUCCAGCACUGUAGUAGUUACCAGGUUUUAGGUGUAAAUGCUGAGGUACUCAGGGGCUGACAUGCUUGUUUCAGGGCAGAAUGUCCUGUAGGUGCUCCAGCAACUUACCCUUAGAUUCCUUGACUAGUGUUUAUGAACUAGGAAUUUAAAUGAACCCUACAUUAGAAUUCAGUCCUCUUACUGAGGUCAUUUUUCUAAGGAUCUGGUUGACAAUGACUUUUUUAUACUUACCCUUGAAUAUAGUGGAUUGCCUUGCUUAUUGAAAAAUAAUGUAAAUGUCCUAUGUAAAAAAAGGUGAAAAAUAGUCAUAAAAUUCUAGUUUCUCUAAGAAAACUAUAUUCAAUAUAUUUUUAGGCAAAGCCAGUGGGAGAGAUAAGAAAUAAACUACUUUUAGCAUGC